CCAAAAUAUUUGAAAAAAAAAAAUUGUAAAUAAUUGGAAAAACCUCUUGUUGAAAAAUUUUAUGGUGAUAGCAAACGUUAUCGCAAGUCGACUCCAGUGACGGGUGACGCAUAGUUACUCGACUUUACGCUUGGUGUGGGCGGCCUGCCUUCUGCUGCUAGUUCCCUGCACCCGCCUCCAACUCCACCCCCAAACGAAGCUCGCCGAAUCGAUUGAAAUUGGAUAAGAAGAACAAAAAGCAAAGAACUCGACGUAGAGAACCAUAUGCAGAAUAUUCCGAGUGGCUGGUGGCAGAUGCAAUGACGACAGUGGAGCGAGAGUUGUUAAAAAAAGUGAAUGAGAAAAUUGAUUUGAUUGAACCCACAACGGGAAAACUGUUUUUCGAGCACAAGACGGAGCUAAUAUUCUGUAAGCCGCAUUUGAUGCCGUUAAAAACCCAGGCAUUGGAGCGUUUGGAGGAAAUGCAUCGUGAGACAGCGCGCCAGUUGCAAAAGAAACGUAAUAAUCCGGAAAAGUCGACAAGCCAGGAACAACAGGCUUCCUCCCCCUCCACAUAGGCGUC